AUGUCUCUUUUCAAAAAGGACCCGGGACUCAAAUCGCUUUCGAAUCUCAAAUCUUCCGAGCGCAGAAAGCUAUACGCUGCUAUUUGCAGCCAGUAUGGGCUGAAUGAGCAGUCUUUGGCUAGUGACGGUGUUGCAUCGCUCGUUUUGCCUCCAGAGGUCAAAUACGCUGCUUUCAAGUCUCCCCAUGCUCAGGGCACGCUGUACACGGAUUUGGAGGGCGUUCCCAUCUGGUUCAGAACGAGAGACUCUGAGCUGCUGCCAACACUUUUUACACUGUGGAAAUACCCUUACAUUCUGCCAAUUGUCAACACUCACCAGUACGUUAUAGAGCGACUUGUUAACGGCUCGAAUCUCAUGCUUCCAGGCACAAUUCCUCCGUUUCCUGAGGGUGCCAAACGGGGCAAGGUGGUAGCUGUUGGCGACUACAAAAAGCCAAAUGUUGCGGUCGCUGUUGGAUACUGCCAAAUGGAUUUAGGCGGCGUGACAGAUGUCGUUGGAACCCAUGGCGUAGCCGUUGAGAUAAUGCACGUCUACCAAGACUGGCUGUUUACCUUGGUCAAGGGUGUAAAACUUCCAGACAAAACUGAUGUUCUGCCUGCCAAUGUGCUUAUUCAGGAGCAACAGUCUGAGAAAGAGGCAGUGGAGGAAGCUACACAAGAAAUUAAAGAAAUUGAUAUUUCAACCUCAUUGACGGUCCAGGAUAUGGACGACAUGUUCUUCCGGGCAACUCUGUACUCGAUCAGUCAGGAUACCAUAGAGACUCCUAUUAAUGCGUCAUUGUUCAUGUCGGGCCAUGUGUAUAAGAACUUCCCUCCCAUGGACAGCAAUCUGAUCAACAUAAAAAAGACGUCCUGGAAAAAGACGGCGAAAUAUCUCAAAGCGAUGGAAAAGGAAAAUCUGCUCAAACUAAAAGGCAAGGGCGACGACGUGGUGGUUGUGUCGGUAAACAAGGAACACGAAAAGGUCAAACAAUUCGAGCCAUACAAAAUUAGGAAAAAUAAGUCUGGGGAAGCAUCGAAAAAAGAUACAGACUCAACAGAGCUGCAAGUUACACAGCUGUACAAAGCUCACUCUUCAGCAUCAAAUUUUCUCCGACUGUUGGAUUCGUCGCAAGAUUACUACACUCUCCAAGAUAUCAAAGCAUUGGUUGGUAAAUACAUACAAACACACCAGCUGGUGAGCAAAAACGAUCCAAAAAGCAUCACCGCGGACGAGCCGCUGCAACGGUUGCUGAAAACUGUCACGAUCGAGAGAGCCAAGGUGGUGGACAUUUUGGUGAAACAGCAUUUCUCGCCGUUCUAUAAGGUGAGUCGUGGAGACGAGUCUACCAAGCCUAAGAAGGGACAGGUGCCUAUAGUCAAAAUUGUCGAAGAAAUGAAAAUCGGACGCAAAAUUAUCACCAAAAUCAUCGGCGUGGAGGAGUUUUUGAUCGAUCCCGAAGAGGUCAGCUCCAUCCUGAAAGUGAAGUGUUCGGGCUCGACCACUGUCGCUACCAACAUUCAAAAUCCAAAGCUUGUGGAAGUCACCGUGCAAGGCCCGCAUUUCAAGACGGUCCAGGAUCUUCUAAUCAAGCAGUACGGGUUGAAGCCAACAUGGAUCGAGUACGAAAACAAACUGAAGAAGAAACGGUGA